AUGUCUUCGCCAAACACAGGAGAAAACAACCUUCCCAUUCUCCUGGCUUCGAUGCGACCUACUGUACACCAGGAGACAUUUGUCUUUCUCACCACAACGCAGCGAAUCGAAAAUCUCCCCCUUCAAUCUCUAAAACCAGAGAUGCUAUCUCAAGAAGACGAGGGUUUGAGCAUCAUCACCACUAAAGAUCUGGCUGAGUCAAAUGGGUUGCGCGACUAUACGUUUCCGUGCAAGAAGAUCUCGUUGGCGGUGCAUUCCAGCCUGGAGGCCGUGGGACUGAUUGCUGCGAUCUCGUCGAAGCUCGCUAGUCAUGGAAUCAGUACCAACGUGGUCAGUGGCUAUUUCCACGAUCACAUCUUUGUGCCUCUCGGAAAGGAGGAUGCUGCUUUGCAAGUGCUGCAGGACAUGAUGAAGGCGGCAGAGUCAACAGUACAGAAAUAA